AUGAGAAAACAUGAAUGUGAAGACAAGCUUGUGGAACAAUCAUUUCUGAAUUUUAUUCAGGGCACACUUUUUAGGGCCAAAAACUUUGGAAAUGAGAAAAGCAAGGAUGAAAAAUGUGAAGAACCUCUGGUCUCCAGCUUAGCACCUUCUUUCUUCAGCAGUUCAUCUUCUCUGUCAUCUACAUCAAAUAGCUAUUCGCCAGGGUUUGCCAAACUAAACAAAAGAGGAGGUGCUGGAGGCUGGUGCCCAUCAGAAAGUAACCAUUACCAGUGGCUGCAAGUUGAUUUUGGCAAUAGGAAACAGAUCAGCUCAAUUGCUACUCAAGGCAGAUAUAGUAGUUCUGACUGGGUAACUCAGUAUCGAAUGCUUUACAGUGAUACAGGGAGAAAUUGGAAGCCAUAUCACCAAGAUGGAAAUGUUUGGGCAUUUCCCGGGAAUGUAAAUUCUGACACUGUGGUACGACAUGAUUUACAGCAUCCAGUUAUUGCCCGCUACAUUCGGAUACUUCCUCUGGAAUGGAGUGGAGAGGGUCAAAUUGGUCUGAGGAUUGAGAUCUAUGGCUGUCCUUACUGGGCUGAUGUUAUCAAUUUUGAUGGCCAUGCUGUAUUACCAUACAGAUUUGGACACAAGAAGAAAACAUUGAAAACACUGAAAGAUGUCAUCGCUUUGAAAUUUAAAACCAUUGAAAGUGAAGGUGUACUCUUCCACGGAGAAGGCCAGCAAGGAGAUUAUAUCACCCUAGAAUUGAAAAAGGCCAAACUGGUUCUUAACUUAAAUUUAGGUAGCAACCAGUAUGGUUCAAUCUAUGGACACACUUCUGUGACCACAGGUAGCCUUUUGGAUGAUCACCAUUGGCAUUCUGUUUUAAUAGAGCGUCAUGGGAGAAACAUCAAUCUUACCCUUGAUAGGCAUUUGCAGCAAUUUCGGAUCAAUGGGGAAUUUGACUACUUGGAUCUGGACUAUGAGAUAACAUUUGGAGGUAUGCCUUUUUCUGGGAAGCCCAGUUCAAACAGCAGAAAGAAUUUCAAAGGCUGCAUGGAAAGCAUAAUCUACAAUACCAACAAUAUCACAGACAUGGCCAGAAGGAAGAAGCUGGAACCUUCUACUGGGGGGAAUUUAAGCUUUUCCUGUGUGGAGCCUCAUACAGUGCCAGUAUUUUUCAAUGCUACUAGUUUCCUGGAAGUGCCUGGCCAUCCAAAUCGUGAAUUAUUCUCAGUCAGCUUUCAAUUUCGGACCUGGAAUCCAAAUGGAGUUUUGUUGUUCAGCAAUUUUGCUGAAGGAUUGGGUAGCAUACAGAUUGACUUGACUGAGGGAAAAGUCAAUGUCCGUAUCAAUGUUACUGGAGUGAAGAAGAAUAAAAUCAACAUAUCUUCAGGUACAGGACUCUGUGAUGGACAAUGGCAUGAGGUUCGAUUCUUAGCCAAAGAAAAUUUUGCAGUUCUCACCAUUGAUGGUGAUGAAUCUUCUUCUGUUCGGAGUAACAGUCCUCUGAAAGUUUUGACAGGAGAAAAAUAUCUGUUUGGAGGUUUUCUUCAGCGAUCAUUCCAGGGCUGCAUGCAGUUUAUUCAUGUGGAUGAUCAAUUGGUGGAUUUACACGCAAUAGAGCAAAGAAAGUUGGGAAGUUUUGCCAAUAUCAGCAUUGAUAUGUGUGCCAUUAUUGAUCGGUGUGUGCCCAAUCACUGUGAGCAUGGAGGGAAAUGUACCCAAACAUGGGAUAGCUUCAGUUGCACCUGCGAUGGAACUGGAUACAGUGGAGCCACAUGCCAUAAAUCUCUUUAUGAACUCUCCUGUGAAGCAUAUAAACAUUUGGGCAAAACAACAGGUUCUUACUGGAUAGAUCCAGAUGGCAGUGGUGCAUUGGGACCUUUGAAAGUUUACUGUGAUAUGACAGAGGACAAAGUAUGGACUACUGUGAAUCAUGACUUACAAGAGCGUUUUCCAGUGGUAAGCAACAGACCAGAGAAGCAUGCUGUGCUACAGCUCAAUUACAGUGCCACCAUGGAUCAAAUCUCAGCCAUCACUGGUAGUGCCGAGUAUUGUGAACAGUUCAUCUCCUAUGUCUGUAAACUGUCAAGGCUGCUGAACACCCCAGAUGGCAAUCCAUAUACCUGGUGGAUCGGGCGUGCCAAUGAAAAGCAGUACUACUGGGGUGGCUCUGGACCAGGCAUUCAAAAAUGUGCCUGUGGCAUUGAACGUAAUUGUACUGAUUCAAAAUACAAUUGCAACUGUGAUGCUGAUUCAAAACAAGAGAGAAAAGAUGCUGGUCUUUUAUCUUACAAGGAUCAUUUACCUAUCAGUCAAGUAGUGGUUGGAGAUAUUGGUCGGCCAGGCUCUGAUGCCAAGUUAACUGUGGGCGCUCUGCGUUGCCAUGGAGACCAGAAUUAUUGGAAUGCUGCAUCAUUUGUUACUCGAUCUUCAUAUCUCCACUUCUCCACCUUUCAAGGAGAAACUAGUGCUGACAUUUCAUUCUACUUCAAAACAUCAGCCCCUGAUGGAGUCUUCCUUGAGAAUCGGGGGAAUUCAGAUUUCAUCAAACUCGAGUUAAAAUCUGCCACAGAUGUAUCUUUCUCAUUUAAUGUUGGAAAUGGCCCAGUAGAAAUUAUUGUCAAGUCACCCCAUCCUCUCACUGACGAUCAGUGGCAUAGAGUGAUUGCAGAGCGCAAUGUCAAAGAAGCCAGCCUGCAAGUAGAUCAGUUCCCUAGAGAGAUCCGGAAGGCUCCCACGGAAGGCCAUACUCGACUAGAACUCUAUAGUCAGCUCUAUGUUGGUGCUGCAGGUGAACAGAAAGGAUUUUUGGGUUGCAUUCGCUCUUUAAGAAUGAAUGGAUUGACUCUGGAUUUAGAAGAGAGAGCAAAAGUUACCCCAGGUGUGAAACCUGGUUGUUCUGGCCAUUGCACAAGCUAUGGAAUACAUUGCAAAAAUGGUGGCAAAUGUGUUGAAAAAUAUAAUGGAUACUCGUGUGACUGCUCCAAGACAGCUUAUGAUGGUCCUUUCUGCAGUAAAGAUGUUGGAGCCUUUUUUGAAGAAGGAAUGUGGCUCCGGUAUAAUUUUUCAUCUGUAGGAAAUAAUGUGAAGGAUUCAGGGAGCAGAACUCUCUUGAGCUCCAAAGAAUCAGAGAACUUUGUAUCAGACCUCAAUCUCAAUAAAGAAGAAAUCAGCUUUAGCUUCAGCACUAGCAAAGCUCCUUCUAUCCUGCUGUACAUCAAUUCUUAUUCUCAAGACUACAUGGCAGUGUUAGUGAAUCUAGCUGGAAAUUUACAGGUUCGAUACAAACUUGGAGGUGCUAAAGAACCAUACAACAUCAAUGUAGAUCACAGGAAUGUGUCAAAUGGACAGCCACACAGUGUGAAUAUCACGCGGGUAGGAAAAGACAUAGUUCUCCAGCUGGACCUUUAUCCCCCAGUAAGCUACACUAUACCAGGAUCAUCAAGCCUUCAGUUCAGCUCACUGAAGUCACUCUUUCUAGGAAAAGUAAUAGAACUCGGAAAGAUUGAUCAAGACAUCCAUAAAUAUAACACACCAGGAUUUUCGGGUUGCUUGUCACGUGUGCAGUUCAACCAGAUUACUCCACUCAAGGCAGCCUUGAGACAGACCAAUAUCUCCUCCCACAUUUACACAGAAGGAGAACUUGUAGAAUCCAAUUGCGGAGCAAAUCCACAAACCAUCCAACCAAUGUCUUCGGCAACAGACCCUUGGCAUCCAGAUUCAGGUGCUGAUCUUCCUUACAAUGGUCAAGUAAUAGGAAGUGGUGUUAACAGAAAUUCAGCAAUUAUUGGAGGUAUUAUUGCUGUUGUGAUCUUCACCAUUCUCUGCACCCUGGUGUUCCUCAUUCGAUACAUGUUCCGCCACAAGGGAACCUACCAUACCAAUGAAGCCAAGGGGGCAGAAUCUGCUGAGAGUGCAGAUGCCGCUAUUAUGAACAAUGAUCCCAAUUUUACAGAAACCAUUGAUGAGAGUAAAAAAGAGUGGCUUAUCUAA